UCCGUGAUGGACGUCUGGCAGCUUCACCAGGCAUGAAGCAUCAACAUGGACGUAGACGCUUGGGUUUCUCUCACCGAGAACGUGACCUCCCCGAGCCUGUCCCCGGGGUUAGUGAACUCCAGCUCGGCGGUGCGGGUGUGGGGAGACGCGGAGCAACCGGGCGAGGACAAGGAGGAGGAAGGAGCGUACCGGGACUUCGCCAUCUCCGCUCAGCUCCUCAUCCUCGCUGGCUCUCUGUUAGGCAAUGCCGCUGUGCUGUGGUGCACCUGCUGCACCAAUGUCUUCAAGACAGUCACCGGACGCUUCAUUAAGAAUCUGGCCUGCUCAGGAAUCUGCGCCAGCCUGGUGUGUGUGCCGUUCGACGUGCUCCUGAACGCCAGCCCUCGCUGUUGCCUCUGGAUCCACACACCAAUGCUCUGUCGAACCAUCAAGUUCCUGCACAGGCUCUUCUGUUCGGUCACUGUGCUCAGCUUUGCUGCAAUCGCUCUGGACAGGUACUAUUCUGUGCUGUAUCCACUCGAGAGAAAAAUAUCAGAUGCCAAAUCCAGAGACUUGAUCAUAUACGUAUGGGUUCAUGCUCUCGUGGCUAGUAUUCCUGUAUUUGCUGUCAGUAACGUCACCGAUGUCUACGCCACCUCCACCUGCUCUGAAGGUUACUCUUUAGGUCACCUUGUUUAUAUGGUGCUCUACAAUGUGACUACUGUGAUCUUACCCCUAGUGGCUGUGUUUGUAGCCAUGGCACUGAUCCGGCGGGCGCUGAGCACCAGUCAGAAGAAGAAGGUGAUCAUCGCGGCACUACGGACGCCGCAAACCAGCGUCUCUAUCCCAUAUGUGUCUCAGCGUGAGGCUGAGCUUCAUGCCACAUUGCUUGCAAUCGUCCUGGCCUUUGUGCUCUGUAGCGCACCCUACAUUGUGCUGCUUGCAUACCAGGCACUUCCCAUCACUGGCCAGGCCUCGCACCGGCUGCAUCUAACCGCCAUCUGGCUGCCUAAAGUGUCUCUACUCACCAACCCACUGUUUUUAGUGAUGGUGAACCGGGCAGCACGGCGCCGCCUGCUGGACGCACUGGCACACAUUCAGCGUCGGUACAGCCGGAGGAACAACUCGAUUGGCGUUGGAAUAGCACCCGACGCUGGAGCGCUGGGUGGGGAAGCUCUCGCCCGCUCAGGCAGCCAGCUGCUUGAAAUGUUCAACAUUGGCCAACACCAGAUCUUCAAGCCAAACGAAGAGGAGGAUGAAGAAGAGGUGAACGAAAUCUCAGCAGUAGCCAAUUUCCAGCCCAGACCUGAACAAGGAGCUGCAGCCUCAGUAGGACUGGCAGAAGAAGGAGGAAAGGAAGAGGGUUUAGCUGUGCCAAAACAUUCCCCUGUUCAAUACGCUGCAUACUCAUCCUCACAGGUGGCUCCUGCCACACCGUCUGAUCCAGAAGAUGCCUCCCAGUUUGGGUUUGGUCCGUUCGAGCUGCCCCCUCAGUGGCUUCCUGAAACCAGAAACAGCAAGAAGAGACUGCUGCCUCCGUUGGGUAACACUCCAGAGGAGCUGAUCCAGACCAAACAGUCCAGAACACGACCCGAGAGACGCAUCAGCAGGAACAACAAGGUCAGCACUUUCCCCACUGUGGACCCCUGAGACCUCCAAGCAUCAUGACCAAAUCAAUACAAAAUAUAAAGUAAUAAAAAGCACUUGAUUUAAAAAAAAAAACAUUUAAAAAUACCAUUCUUUGCCAGCAGGAGAGGAAUCCUU